AUGUCGUCUGGUACCAACGUUUUUUCAAAACCUUGGGUGCGAGUUGUGGCUUUGUCUAUUGUUGUAUCAAUUUGUAUACAGACAUUACCGAUUCUGGUGCAACGAAUUGUGAUUUCGCAGUAUUUAAUUUGUAAUUUGCAAUUUUCACCCGAGUUUAUCAAACAAGCUGAUUAUUGUUCAGCUCAUUUUUCCCGUAAACGUUAUGUCGGCACAACCGAAUUAGGUUAUUUUGUUGACCCUUUAUCUGUGGAGCCGCGGUAUUUUGAAGAAGUUGAAAGAGCGGUUGCUGGUACAAUCCAAGCAAAUGUUAUUCAAUGGGGUUGGGAAACUGAGAAGGAAGCAUUUGCAGCUUUAAAAGCUGCGAUUCAAUCGAGAACACAAGGAAAUAUGGAAAAGGCAGAACUCAUUAUUCAGCAUGCGCUUGCGCUGGCUCCUCAUCAUCCAGAUAUCCUAACCGAAUACGGUUUAGUGGUUGAAAUGGGACGGAAAAAUGUGGUCGAAGCGGAAGAGUUAUAUUCACGGGCAUUGAGCUACAAUCCUCAUCAUCCUGAAGCGUUAAUAAGACGAGCAAGGACUUUACCCAUAGUGGAAGAAAUUGAUAGAGAAAUGUUGAAGAAACUUCACGAGAAGCGUUCGUAUUUUUCAAGAAUACCAAAGACUAAUAUGGCUUUGCGAAAAGCAAUGAAAGAAUCGUAUUUUUUGCAUAUUUAUCAUACUGUAGCAAUCGAAGGCAAUACUAUGUCGCUUGGUCAGACAAGGUCCAUAUUAGAAACAAGGAUGGCAGUGGCUGGUAAAAGUAUUAUGGAGCAUAACGAGAUUUUGGGGAUGGACGCUGCGUUGAAAUUCAUCAACCAAAGCGUUGCAUACGUCUCGUAUUUUACUCUUCAGGAUAUCUUGGACAUUCAUAGUCAUGUUCUUGGUUUUGUCGAUCCGGAAGUAGCAGGUGUAUUUCGCAAAAGUCAGGUGUUUGUGAGUAGUUUCACACCCGUUCCGGCAAACAUGGUACCAGGAGAAAUGGAGGAAAUGGUGAAAUGGUUGAAUGAGGAGGACAGUUUAUUGCUGGAUCCAAUAGAACGUGCCGCUAUUGCUCAUUAUAAGCUGGUUUCGAUACAUCCAUUCAUUGAUGGUAACGGUCGUACUGCACGAUUGUUAAUGAAUCUGAUUUUGAUGCAGAGCGGUUUUCCGCCAGUUAUAAUACCAGUUGAGGCCCGUUCUGAUUAUUAUGAUACUCUCAAUGCCGCGAACCGUGGGAAUCUUCGCCCGUUUAUUCGCUUUAUUGCACGUCAAACAGAUGCCACCUUGCAAUUGUAUAUUAAUUCUGCAACCACAUGUGAUUAUCGAGAAGAAUCUGGUGAGUGUAGUAUAUCAACAGCUCCUAAAAUCUCUGCACAGCAGGAAGAAACAUGGUGA